AUGGAGUUGCCAGUUGCCAGCGACGGUAUUCACCUGGCUGCAUUCAAACCCAGAGUUCCUCUGUCAGUGGCCACUGGGAAGGCAACACCUGGAGGGUUUAAUGAGUCUGGUUACUAUCAGUGUUACGGUGAUGGGAGCAGUGUAGCGUCUAAUGGAUCUGAUGCUCUGACUGGCUACGAGACACUGGACGCCCCACCACACUAUGACUUCUACGCCAACACAGAGGUGUGGGGCCGUCGGAGACGCUUCAGACCGUCUCUGUACCAGCUGUAUGCCAACCCUGAGGAUGACUCCAGACCUCCCAUGUAUGAGGAGACAACAGGUGAGCGGAUGGAAGGAGGAGGAGACAGCUCUGAGGAAGACGAGGAUGAGCAAAAGGAGCCACCACCUGAGCCGACACGCUUUGGCUGGAUUCAGGGAGUCAUGAUCCGUUGCAUGUUAAAUAUCUGGGGCGUGAUCCUGUACCUGAGGCUGCCUUGGAUUACUGCUCAGGCUGGCAUAGGUCUGACCUGGGUGAUCAUCCUGCUAUCUUCAUUUAUAACUGGGAUCACUGGUCUCUCUACUUCAGCCAUUGCUACCAACGGCAAAGUCAAAGGAGGUGGCACAUACUUCCUGAUCAGUCGUAGUCUGGGUCCAGAGCUCGGCGGCUCCAUCGGUCUAAUCUUUGCCUUUGCCAAUGCUGUAGCUGUGGCCAUGCACACCGUGGGCUUUGCUGAGACUGUUACAGACCUCAUGCGUGAACAUGGAGCUGUCAUGGUGGACACCAUUAAUGACAUUCGCAUCAUUGGCAUCAUCACUGUUACAUGUCUACUGGGUAUCUCGAUGGCUGGCAUGGCAUGGGAAUCCAAGGCCCAGGUUCUGUUCUUCCUGGUCAUCAUGGUGUCAUUCGCCAGUUACAUUGUUGGAACGAUCAUCCCUGCUACACCAGAGAAACAAGCCAAGGGUUUUUUUAGCUACAGAGCGGAUAUCUUUGCUGACAAUUUUGUGCCCAGCUGGCGGGGACCAGGGGGCAGCUUCUUUGGCAUGUUCUCCAUUUUUUUCCCCUCGGCCACAGGCAUCCUGGCAGGAGCUAACAUCUCUGGAGAUCUGAAGAAUCCAACAGUGGCCAUCCCCCGAGGAACACUUAUGGCCAUAUUCUGGACCACCACAUCCUACCUCAUCAUCUGUGCUACCAUUGGAUCCUGUGUGGUACGGGAUGCAUCUGGCUUGUUAAAUGACACCCUGUCUUCCUCCUCAUCCAGCGAGGACUGCAUUAGUGUAGCUUGUGGAUAUGGAUGGGACUUCAGUGAGUGCAUCAAGAACGGCACGUGCACCUUCGGCAUCAGUAACUACUAUCAGUCGAUGAGCAUGGUGUCGGCCUUCAGCCCUCUCAUCACUGCUGGGAUAUUUGGAGCAACUCUGUCCUCCGCUUUGGCCUGCCUGGUGUCUGCUCCCAAAGUCUUCCAGUGUCUGUGUAAGGACAAACUCUACCCUGUCAUUGGCUUCUUUGGCAAGGGUUACGGCAAGAAUGAUGAACCACUCCGAGGCUACCUCCUGACGUACAUCAUUGCUGCCUGCUUCAUUCUCAUCGCUGAGUUGAACACCAUCGCUCCCAUCAUCUCCAACUUCUUCCUGUGCUCCUACUCUCUCAUCAACUUCAGCUGCUUCCACGCCUCAAUCACCAACUCACCAGGUUGGCGUCCAUCCUUCAGGUUCUACAGUAAGUGGCUGUCGUUGCUGGGUGCUGUGUGUUGUGUGGUGAUCAUGUUCCUGCUGACAUGGUGGGCGGCCCUCAUCGCCUUCGGCGUAGUCUUCUUCCUUUUGGGAUACACACUCUACAAGAGGCCUGCUGUGAACUGGGGCUCGUCAGUGCAGGCGGGCUCCUACAACAUCGCUCUGAACCAGUGUGUGGGUCUCAACCAUGUGGAGGACCACGUCAAGAACUACAGACCACAGUGUUUGGUCCUGACAGGUCCACCCAGCCGUCGUCCAGCUCUGGUGGAUCUGGUCAGCUGUUUCACCAAGAGUCUCAGUCUCAUGAUGUGUGGUAAUGUGGUCAUUACUGGUCCCUCCCCAGGAGCAGUGAAGGAAGCGAGCAGUGACAGACAUGUCUCCUGGUUGAACCAACGGAAGGUCAAGUCAUUCUACAGAGGAGUGGUGGCCACGGAGCUGCGGUCAGGAGUUAACAUGCUGCUUCAGGCCGGAGGUUUGGGUCGUAUCAAGCCAAACGUUCUGCUGACGGGUUUCAAGAAAGACUGGCGCAGUGACACACCUCAGGCUGCACAUAACUACAUAGGAAUACUGCAUGAUGCAUUUGAUCUACAGUACGGUGUGUGUGUGCUGAGAAUGAGGGAGGGACUGGAUGUCUCUCAUCCACCUCAAUCGCACGUCAAUCCAGGCUUUGAUGGAGGACCAGAGAGUAUAAGCAGCAACUCUGCCUCUUCCUGCAUUCGGACAAGCAUUACAUCUUCUAUUUCCAUCGAUCCAGAGAUUCAGCCCAACACAGUGUUUCAGAAAAAUCAAGGAAAGAAGACCAUCGACGUGUACUGGCUGUCUGAUGACGGAGGUCUGACCCUGCUGCUGCCCUACCUGCUGACCCGCAGGAAGCGCUGGGCCAGAUGUAAGGUCCGAGUGUUUGUGGGAGGAGAAACAGAUAAAAAGGAGGAGCAGAAAAAGGAGGUACUGGCACUGAUCAAGAAGUUCCGUCUUGGUUUCCAUGAUGUUGAGGUGCUGCCUGACAUCUACCAGAACCCUCAGCCUGUGAAUGUUCAUCAGUUUGAGAACAUGGUGGGUCGCUUCAGGCGGAAUACAAACCCCAAGCAGGACUCUGACUCUGGGCCUCCAACACAGCAGGAGGAGCCCUGGAUGAUCACUGACCAGGAUUUAGAGAGGAACAAAGCCAAGUCUCUCCGUCAGAUUCGUCUCAAUGAGGUUCUGCAGGACUACUCCAGAGAAGCUGCGCUGAUUGUUAUCACCAUGCCAGUGGGGAGGAGAGGAGUGUGCCCCAGUACUCUCUUCAUGGCGUGGCUGGACUUCUUGUCACGUGAUCUGAGACCCCCAGUCCUACUGGUCAGAGGAAACCAGGAAAACGUUCUCACCUUCUACUGCCAGUGAAAUGUCACCAUGAGUCGAAUGCACAUAUAAUGAAGCAAAUUAUUAUCCUGACAUUAUUUAUCUUAAGUUACAAAUGACAAUGCAUUGAUGACUACUGAUGAUUAUCUAAUCCUGUAAUUAAUGUAUGAUUCUUGUCAAUAUUAUAUUGUUGCCUUUAAUUCAAAAUCUGGAUGAUCUUGACAUUUUUUAAGUAUUGCAAACACAAAUCUCCCUUAGAAACAUUGAAAAUUGAAGCCAUUUCUGAUUGUAAACAGUUAUUUAUCAAAAUGAUUUGCACAUAAAAUGUUUUGUUUCCUUUCCUCAAAUUUAUGGCACAUGAGACCAAAUUAAGACCAAAUUUUGUUGAAAAAAGUUUAAAAUUAUGAAAGGCUUUUUAAGUACAUAGGAAGCAUUUUAUAUAAUGAGACUGUGUGUGUGUGUGUGU